AUGGUCGCCGGCGGCCAGAGGCCCUCUCCGGCAAUGUCUCAAGCCUUGCGGCCGCGCUGGUCGGUGUUGUGGCCUUCUCGUCUGCGGGUGAUCCGCCAGGCACGUCCCGGCACUGCCGCCGUCUCCUUCAACAACCGAUGCAAUGGUACUGAGCCCUCCUCAUCUACUCUGCUCUUAUCGCAUUUAGGUUCUUUGCUGGCUCUUUGA